CGUUUUCAGUCGGACACAAUAACAAUGAGCACCGUGUUGUAUUCCGGGCUAGUUUUCCUGAAGAAUAAUAAAGUGAGUAUUUUAUAUUUAUAUAUUUACAUAUUAUUUAUAACUCCUGGCGGACCGGAGCAGUAAAUGGACCCGGCACACAGAGCCCUGCUGCGGACACACAGGCUGGAACUGUCCGGGCAGCUGCUGGUCAGCGAGACUAUCGUUCCGGUUCUGUACCAGGAGAACGUUCUGACGGAGGCUCAGGUGGAGGACAUCGCGUCUCAGCCGACAGACAGGCUGAAGACCCUGAAGCUGCUGGACCUCCUGCCGAGCCGCGGGCCCCGGGCCUUCAGCGCCUUCCUGCGCUCUCUGGACGAGUUCGGCUGGGUCCGAGACAAGCUGCUGCAGGAGCUCCGGACGGGACCCGGACCCAGCUCACCAGGUGAGACCAGGGAGGAGGAAGCACGCCUGAGACCACCAGCGUCUCACCUGGAGGUAGAAACAGGUCUCAGUGUGUUCUGUGUGAAGGCUUUAGAACCGGGUCUGGCUCCAGUUCAGUCCAGGUUCUGGUUCUGCCUGUGCGGGUCAGGGCUGAUUCCAGGUCAGUGA